UAAAUCUGGGGAAUCAAUGACAGAUAUCAGCAAUCGAGGGUUAAAUGAUUUGUUGUAUAUUGCUGCCUACGGUCACCUGUGUCGACAUUUAGGGCUCCCGUUACGCGUUUGUAUUGUUCAUUUACAGUGUAUUCACCAUUUACAAUUCUGUUAGAUCUGAUCAGAUCUGCAUACAUGCAUCGUAACAGUAUCAUCAUUCCCGCCCUCCUCCAAGCACCCGAGCCAUCACAGUUACGACAGGAGGGAGCAGGACCGGCAGAACCGAGCGGUACCGAAUCGCCGGCUCGGAGGAAGGCGACCCCACCCGCGAUAAUAGUGACCGCCCCCUCAAACGAGGACCUCCGCCAAGUGCCCCCAGACUCGCCCCGGACUGUGCAAAGAUUAAAGCUUGGACUGGGGUGCUGGGCCGUUGCAAGCAUGGACUUCUCCGAAGCGGAGCCAGAUGCCAUCAAACUGAGAUCAAUCAAGAACGAGAAAACAUUCACCGUUCCGCAGCAGGACAGGCUGGGGAACUGUAGGAGUGUGAAGGAGUUUGAGAAGCUGAACCGGAUUGGUGAAGGAACUUACGGCAUCGUUUACCGGGCACGGGACACAAAAAAUCAUGAGAUUGUUGCUCUUAAGAAGGUGCGCAUGGAUAAAGAGAAAGAUGGAAUUCCAAUCAGCAGCCUGCGGGAGAUAACUCUGCUCCUGAAGCUGCGACACCCCAACAUAGUGGAGCUUAAGGAGGUGGUUGUGGGAAAUCACCUGGAAAGCAUUUUCCUGGUGAUGGGAUACUGUGAGCAAGACCUGGCUAGUCUACUGGAGAACAUGCAGUCCCCAUUCUCAGAAGCACAGGUGAAGUGCAUUGUUCUCCAGCUCCUGAGGGGGCUGCUUUACCUGCAUGAAAACUUCAUCGUGCACAGGGAUCUGAAGGUGUCCAACUUACUAAUGACAGAUAAAGGCUGUGUAAAGAUAGCCGACUUCGGCCUGGCCAGAGCCUACGGUGUUCCCCUCAAGCCCAUGACCCCCAAAGUGGUGACACUCUGGUACAGAGCUCCUGAACUACUCCUGGGAACAAAAACACAGACAACUGCUAUUGACAUGUGGGCUGUGGGAUGCAUCCUGGCAGAACUGCUGGCCCACAAGCCUCUGCUGCCCGGGAGCUCAGAGAUUCAGCAGAUUGACCUCAUUGUCCAGCUGCUGGGGACACCCAAUGAAAACAUCUGGCCGGGCUUUUCCAGGCUGCCGCUGGUGGGGCAGUACACCCUGAGGAAACAGCCCUACAACAACCUGAAGAACAAGUUCACCUGGCUGUCCGAGGCUGGCCUGCGUCUGCUCAACUUCCUCUUCAUGUACAACCCCAAACGCAGGGCUACAGCUAAGGACUGCCUGGACAGCUCCUACUUCAAGGAGAAGCCGUUGCCCUGCGAGCCUGACCUCAUGCCCACCUUCCCUCAUCACCGCAACAAGAGAGCCGCGCCCGUGGCCGAGGGCCAGUCCAAGCGCCUCAAGGUGAAAUGGAGGGCCAGCAGCGCAGCCGGGAUUCGGGGGGGUGCACUUUGCAGCUCGGCCAAAACCUGCAAUCACCUGGACUACUCGGGAGCCUGCCUGCAUCAGGCAGCACUGAGUGCGCUGAUCUCGAUUUGAUGGGCUGUACAAUGUAUGAAAUGGAUCUUCCAUAUCUUCACAUCACCUGGGAGCGGAGCAGCAUGAACUUUCCCGCGGGGGUUCUCAAUUUGCCUGAAUUUCAGAUAAUGAAGAAGAACGUGACUUUACAUUUUCUGUUAAAUGUCUGAGAUGGGAGACAAUUGAGAACUAUUGCUAGAGAACCAGUUCAUGUACAUACUUGGAUUUUGUUUGUUUUUUACCCUAGGAACAUGUCACACUUUUGAAUGAGUUGGAAAUCGAUUUACUUUUCCAUGCAGGUGACAUGCGAGGGUAGUGCAGGACUAGUAUUUACUGCUGGGUCAACGCAGCAGGGUUGCAGGUUGGAAUCCUGAAUGCAGCCGUUCAUCUUGACUCGCUGUGCGUGUGCUUCACCCAGGGAGGUCCAGACAGCCCAGAUAUACGGGGGGAAAAGGUGCUUUCUGGGGGUAAGCUGUCCCCCGCAGGGGGCAGUCUUGCACUUCUGGAGUAACUGCCCCUACAGAAUGGAGACCAGCUUCAGCACUGCAGCUCCAAGACGGACAUAUGCAUUAGCUUUAUUGUGAAAUAGAAUCCCCAUCCGGAUAUUAAAUCGUGUGAUUAUCAAAAGUCAUACAGCAGUCUGUAGACUGAACAAAAUGUUUGUUUGUUCAUGUACAGUAACUGGGGAUCAGUUACAUGAACUGUAGCAGUCAGUGUGAUUUUCCCAAGAGGUGUGCAGUAGACUUUUAUAACUGCGUUUUAAUCCAGGGACUGUAGUAAAAAUCCCACACGCCUUUAUGCGUGAUGCUGUUAGAAGAAUCGGAUGGGAUUGGGCUGAAAAUACUUCACAUCCUUGUGGAAUCCAGGCCGUGUUCCUGUCGGCCCUGUUCGCAUUUCUCUCGGGAUCCCCACGUUACUCAGUGGGGGGAGGGGCCCUGAUAAUUUGUAGAGCGAGUGCACAUGUCUAGCAGCUAUACUCUUUUACGUGCACAGCUGCUGCUGAAAUAUCAUUCCAGUUCCUUGGAUCAGAUGACAAAUUGAGGCAAGAGAUUGGCUUCCACAGUGGAAGCGACUUGUCUUUCUGGCAGUUAGGGAGCUGUGCAAAAUUCUGCUUGUGAUAAGUGUAAAACUCCUCAUGAAUUACACUGUACAACUGGAAAAAUAUCCGAGAUAUGUAUAUAUAUUUUAGAUGCAGGGAAACGCAAACAGGCCUGUUUUUUUUAUUAUUUUAGAAGCUUGAAUUUGACAUGAGAGAUGCAGUCAGUUGACACUAAGUGAGUCUUGUUUCACUUGCAUGCCUGGGAUUUGGUUUUCACAGUCAUGGGGUGACGUGACUUUGAAGACUGCUUACUGCAAUGUAGAAUAAUCUGCAUGUACACUAUGUUGUAUAAAUAUACAUAAAAGUAUUUUUGUUUGGCAUUCCUA